AAGUAGUUAGGUUGCCUGUCAAAUCCACCACUAAAGCAGGUGUGCAGAACGCGGCCAAGCCGGUGCGCGCUCCCUCUCACCCCCCGCAGAGAACAUCACCGGAGGCGGGGGGUUCACGACCACCAGUGACCAAUAGAAAAAGCGGAGAGGGAGCAAUAAAGAAGUUGCCCGCCAAUAAGGAGCAUCCAAUUUCCACCAGGACCAGGCGGGCAACUAGCGUGCCGGCUGAGAAGUGCGAGGCCACGGCAAGACGGGAGCGCGUCUCCCCACACCCUCCUCGUCAUAUUGAGAACUAUAUCUCAUUAUUAUCAUCGGACGAGGAGGGCACGCAAUUUCAACCCAGCGGAGUGGGGAGACUGACACUUAAGAGGAAAAAGGCGACCGGACCACCCCCCAAGACGACAUCCAAUGAGGGGGUGGUCACGAGAUCGAGACGGUCGACCAGCGCUCCUGUCGAGAAGAGUGCAGUGGACGCACGCCUGCUAGCUCUGGACCGGCCAUCGUCCAGAGCGACAGGCAACCCGACGUCGCCAAUCGCAGGGGGCCCAAUCAACAUCAUGGACCAAUGGAGGACGCCCCCUGCGAUGCUCCCCAGCCUGCCUCCGACCACCAGAGGCAGUCCAGCGGGGAGCCCAGGCGAGAUACUAAUAUCUAUCUCGCCGGCGACGUCGCUACCGACUACACUCACCACGUGCACGGUGACGACGACCACCUGUGGAAGCCCAAUCACAUCCACGGGCUUCACAGAUGGCGUGGGGAGGCAAUUAACACCUCCAGCGUGCCUCCCCCAAAGGAACGUCCUCCCGACCAUCGGGGAGGAAAGAACGUCACCGUGCGUGGCGGUCACAACACCACCAAUGGGCGGCUUCCGCACAUCCCCGCUCAUCCAACCAGGGCCAUCGACACCGGCGCCUGAGCGGGGAUUGGAGGAGCGGCGGCAGGAAGGCGCGGCGUCCAGGACACCCAUCUGGACGGUGAGCGUGGGGAGAAAAGCGAAGAGGAGGCAGCAGCUGCAUGACAGAUCCCCCUCCAAUUCCGAGUCCCCGCCAACCGCUGGACCAUCGUGUUCGCCGCGCAUAGCCCCACUAUGCGCACUGAUAGCAGCGUCGACGAGCAAACAUGACGAAAGCCUGAGCGUCAAUAAAACGCACAAUAAUAUCUGCCAGGACAAGACUCCGCCCCGUAACGUACUGCCAGUAGGGGCGGAGCGACGACGCCGGGAGACAUCGCCGGAGGACCGCGCGGGAGGAGACGUCGGUCAUGGUGCUGGAACAAGGCCUGAGCGGGGAUUGGAGGAGCGGCGGCAGGAAGGCGCGGCGUCAAGGACACCCAUUACUGAGGGGGACAACCAAUGGGGUGGCCAGUGGACGGUGAGCGUGGGGAGAAGAGCGAAGAGGAGGCAGCAAUUGCACGAUAGAUCCCCCUCCAAUUCCGAGUCUCCGCCAACCGCUGGACCAUCGCGUUCGCCGCGCAUAGCCCCACUAUGCGCACUGAUAGCAGCGUCGACGAAUCUGCAUGAGAACAGCCUGAACCUCAGCAGAAUGGACAACAAUAAUUGCCUUGAGAAGACUCCGCCCCGCAACGUAUUGCCAGUAGGGGCGGAGCGACGACGCCGGGAGACAUCGCCGGAGGACCGCGCGGGAGGAGACGUCGGUCAUGGUGCUGGAACAAGG